CUGAGCGCCUCCCUCCCGCGCGCGACCCUCCCUGUGCGCCCCUGCCCCCGGGCGGGCGGCUGCCGCGGCGCGGGGAGAAGGGGCGGGCGCUCCGAGACUAGUCCCUGGGGCCCAGCGCGGGCCGGGGCAGCAGCGGCGUGAUGUCACGGCAGGGAGGGGGCGCGGGAGCCGCCGGGCUGGCGGGGAGGCGGGGGAGGUGUUUUCCAGCUUUAAAAAGGCAGGAGGCAGAGCGCGGCCCUGCGUCAGAGCGAGACUCAGAGGCUCCGAACUUGCCCGCGGAGUCGCCGCGCCAGAUCCCAGCGGCCGGGCGCGGGCACCAGGGCGGCGGGCGCAGGGGUCGGAGCCACCUUGCAGGUCCCAGGGCUGCGGCCGGGCCCCGCCACGCGCGCACACGCCCCCCAAUGACUUUCCUCCCGGGCGCGCGGCGCUGAGUCCGAGGCGAGGGCUGCCUUUCCCGGAGACCCGACCCCGGCGGCUCCCGCGCCUCCUCCCGCCGCCCCACUCCCCGCCGCCGCGCGGAUGCCAAGCACCAGUUUUCCAGUCCCUUCCAAGUUUCCACUCGGCCCUGCGGCUGCGGUCUUCGGGAGCGGAGAAACUUUGGGGCCUGCGCCGCGCACUAUGAAGUCGGCGGAGGAAGAACACUAUGGCUACGCGCCCUCCAGCGUCGGCCCUGCCCUGCGGCUGCCCACAACACACUCCUCCCUGCCGGCCCCGUGCCACGACCUUCAGACCUCCACCCCGGGCCUCGUCCUGCCGGCAGAGCACCCCGCGGGGUACGGGGCGGCUCUGGACGGCGGGCCUGCGGGCUACUUCCUGUCGUCCAGCCACGUCAGGCCGAACGGGGCCCCCGCCCUGGAGAGCCCGCGCAUCGAGAUCACCUCGUACCUGGGUCUACACCACAGCAACAGCCAGUUUCUCCACGACGCGGAUGUGGAAGACGUCCUCCCCAGCUCCAAGCGCUCCCCAUCCACGGCCACGCUGAGCCUGCCCGGCCUGGAGGCCUACAGGGACCCGUCGUGCCUGAGCCCGGCCAGCAGCCUGUCCUCCCGCAGCUGCAACUCCGAGGCCUCCUCCUACGAGUCCAACUACUCCUACCCCUACGUGUCGCCCCAGACGUCGCCGUGGCAGUCACCCUGCGUGUCCCCCAAGACCACGGACGCCGAGGAGGGCUUCCCCCGCGGGCUGGGGGCCUGCAUGCUGCUGGGCUCCCCGCGGCACUCGCCCUCCACCUCCCCGCGUGCCAGCGUCACCGAGGAGAGCUGGCUGGGCGCCCGCUCCUCCAGGCCCGCGUCACCCGGCAACAAGCGGAAGUACAGCCUCAACGGCCGGCAGCCGCCAUGCUCGCCCCACCGCUCACCCACGCCGUCCCCGCACGGCUCGCCGCGGGUCAGCGUGACCGACGACUCGUGGCUGGGCAACAGCACCCAGUACACCAGCUCGGCCAUCGUGGCUGCCAUCAACGCGCUGACCACCGACAGCAGCCUGGACCUGGGUGACGGCGUCCCUGUCAAGUCCCGCAAGACCACCCUGGAGCAGCCGCCCUCAGUGGCACUCAAGGUGGAGCCCGUCGGGGAGGACCUGGGCAGCCCCCCACCCCCGGCCGACUUCACGCCCGAAGACUUCUCUUUCCAACACGUCAGGAAGGGCGGCUUCUGCGACCAGUACCUGGCGGUGCCGCAGCACCCAUACCAGUGGGCAAAGCCCAAGCCCCUGUCCCCCACGUCCUACAUGAGCUCGACCUUGCCUGCCCUGGACUGGCAGCUGCCGUCACACUCCGGCCCGUACGAGCUCCGGAUCGAGGUGCAGCCGAAGUCCCACCACCGCGCUCACUACGAGACGGAGGGCAGCCGCGGGGCCGUGAAGGCGUCGGCCGGAGGACACCCCGUCGUGCAGCUCCAUGGCUACUUGGAGAAUGAGCCUCUGAUGCUGCAGCUGUUCAUCGGGACGGCGGAUGACCGCUUGCUGCGCCCACAUGCCUUCUACCAGGUGCACCGGAUCACGGGGAAGACCGUGUCCACCACCAGCCACGAGGCCAUCCUCUCCAACACCAAAGUCCUGGAGAUCCCGCUCCUGCCAGAGAACAACAUGCGCGCCGUCAUCGACUGUGCCGGAAUCCUGAAACUCAGAAACUCCGACAUUGAACUCCGGAAGGGCGAGACCGACAUUGGGAGGAAGAACACGCGGGUGCGGCUGGUCUUCCGCGUGCACGUCCCGCAGCCGGGCGGCCGCACGCUGUCCCUGCAGGUGGCCUCCAACCCCAUCGAAUGCUCCCAGCGCUCGGCCCAGGAGCUGCCUCUGGUGGAGAAGCAGAGCACGGACAGCUACCCGGUCGUGGGCGGGAAGAAGAUGGUCCUGUCCGGCCACAACUUCCUGCAGGAUUCCAAGGUCAUCUUUGUGGAGAAAGCCCCAGAUGGCCACCAUGUGUGGGAGAUGGAAGCGAAAACCGACCGUGACCUGUACAAGCCGAAUUCUCUGGUGGUCGAGAUCCCGCCGUUUCGGAAUCAGAGGAUAACCAGCCCCGUUCACGUCAGUUUCUACGUCUGCAACGGGAAGAGAAAGCGAAGCCAGUACCAACGCUUCACCUACCUUCCUGCCAACGUUCCAAUUAUAAAAACAGAACCCACUGAUGAUUUUGAGACUGCUCCAACCUGUGGACCGGUGAGCCAGGGGUUAAGUCCGCUCCCGAGACCGUACUUCAGCCAGCAGCUGGCCAUGCCGCCUGACCCCAGCUCCUGCCUCGUGGCUGGCGUCCCGGCCUGUCCGCAGAGAGGCGCCUUGAUGCCAGUAGCCCCCGGCAUGAGCCCCAAGCUCCACGACCUUUCUCCCACUGCCUACUCCAAGGCCAUCGCCAGCUCAGGCCAUUGUCACCUGGGGCUCCCACCGCUGGCCGGAGAGGCCCCCACCGUCACCCCCGCCGUCCAGGACGUGCCCAGGCCAGCGGCCACGCACCCCAGCUCUCCCGGACAGCCGCCCCUGGCCCUGCUUCCACAGCAGUAAAUGAGAUAAUACGAAAUGACCUCUCCGGCACGAGCACCCACUCAUAGUUGCCACCUGGGAGCACUCAGUUCAGCGGGGUGUGCUGACUGCAGCAGACAAAGACUUGUGAAUAAAUACACUGAACACACACCUGGUACCACUGAGAACCUCCAAUUGACUGAAUGCUAGGAGCUGAAGAUUAAUACGUUCAAAGAAGUGGCUCUCCAGCAAGGAGGAAGGCCGCAAGGAAGGGAAGCCACCAUCUCAGGACAACAGAGGGAGGUGGCUGGGCUGACACGGGAGACCUGCCACACAGGGCCGUCACGGGAACAGCCCACAGGCAGCCUGACCCCAAGCCCAGCCCUCUGGCACCCUGGGGUUCAAUACUGGAAGUGCCUUAUUUAACUAGAGUGUCAGGGCAUCAUGGAACUGAGCCUUGAAUUUGCUACUGUGGGAGUAUCUGUGGGAACAGAGACUGCAAACAGUUCACAUGAGGCUUUAUCCUUUGUGCACAUGAAGACAGUGCUGGCGGGCUGCGGGAGGGCCUCGCACGCGUCUCCGACGUAGGGAACGUUUCCGGGGCCAUGAAGUACGGUGUUGCUGGCUCAUCCAGUGUGCUCUGGAAUCUUCCAGUCUGUCAUCUCAGCUCUUGGGUCGUGCGCUUCCCUCGCCGGCACCGUUAAGCCGUAGACUGUUCCCGGUCGCGUGCUGGCAUCUUUGUUUUUAAUCUGGCUUUGAACAUAGCACAAGUAAGUUGAGUAGCACAACAUGGGUUACUGGACAGACACAGAAGCCUGUGACAGGAUGGGCCUGCGUCUGCAUGUAUGUACGUAUCGCGGCAUGUGCUUAUGUACAAAUGAACGGCGGAGAUGAUACGCCUCUCCCGGCCAGCGCUCCCGCAUCAGCAGUCGCCGGUGUCCGCUCGGGAACGUGCGUCCGGCUCCAGGACCCCCGCUGCUCCUGAUGGAGUCCAGUCCGUCGCCUCUAGCGGACGGCCACGUUUUCUCUUCUGGUGCGGUUCAGGGAGGACUUCAGAGAGCCAGGAGCUGGCACUCACAAUAGCUGUAGGUUACCAGUUGGCAGAAUGAGAAACUGAUUGUAAAUAACAUGCAAAGCGAGUGCAGUGUGUUUGUCCAGUUAUAAGGUUAUUGUUUCACAGAAGCCUUACACUCUGCUUCAUCUAGGAAAACCCAAACCAAAAGCAACGCUUUAACACACGGCCUGCGUGGCGUUUCCAGGCUAGUGACUGUGCACAGAUGGGUUCGUGUAGGUUCUGCUACUGCAUUUUGUACAAUUAGCUGCUUAUUAUGUAUGAUUACUCGCCGUGAUCUCUUGUUCCACAUAACCAAAAAGCAUGGUUUCUUCAUUAAAACACGGCUGACCUGAACUGGUGCCUUAGGAAUUAACGCCCCCUCAUGGAACAUGCCCGAACUGCACCUGCGGCUGGAGGUGACAGCGUGAAGUCACUGAGGCUCCUGCAGAAGGAACCCUCUGUAACGCGCGCCCCAGCACGACUGCUGCGCCUGUGUGUAACUCACAGGAAGAAACAGCCCGCAGGCCCUCCUGUGGGGCCGUGCGGAGCUGUGAGGACGUGCAGACGUGUGGCUGCGUGUACGUUCGCCCACAGCCGCAGGGUGCCCACUCUGCACCUGGCACCGUGGGACCUGCAUGGAGCCUUUCUCCUUGACGGACUGUCAUCGAGACGGAAGAGUUUGGUGUUUGUGUCAGCUGUCUUUGUAGUUAGGAAAUGGAUCCAAUAAAGCCAUAUUUUUUUGCUGGA